AUCUGUUUUGCGGUGAGUCUGCAUCGGCGGCCAUCCGCUGCUUGCGGGGUCGGCGGGACCCAGGCGCGGGAUGGGGAGACCUCGGCGUCGGUCUCCGCGCUGGUGUUGUAGCGGCGAGCGCGCACAGGCCUAGCCACUGGCGCUGCCACGGAGUGCGCCGGGGGCCAGGCAUCGGCCAGGGCCGGUUUGCUCCCAUGGGUUUCAGACGGCGCCCGCCGCUUUCUAAUUAGCUUGUUAGCUGCUCUUUACUGUAGCGGGUACGACGUCCUGAGUCAGGAAGCUGCCGCCGCACGCCGAUGAGCAGAAAUGCUGGCAGAACAGGAGUCCGAUAGUCAGUGCAUGCCCAGCAAAGCAGGUCCUCUGUGGAGGGCACAGAGAACGUAUCUUUGGUGUUCUGAGGCGGCCCGGGAGGGACAGGCAGUUUGGUGGCAUGUUAGAUGUACAUGGUGGUUGCGUACUUACGGGCACAACACUUCCAGACAUAACGAAGCUUUGUGGAGUGGGAUUUGCUGCUCCUUCACCGCUAGAAAGUCAUGGUUUGGGUUACACAGGCAUCAUGGCUGCCCUUCGGCCUCUGGUGAAGCCCAAGAUCGUCAAAAAGAGGACCAAGAAGUUCAUCAGGCACCAGUCGGACCGAUAUGUGAAAAUUAAGCGAAACUGGCGGAAACCCAGAGGCAUCGACAACAGGGUGCGGAGAAGAUUCAAGGGCCAGAUCCUGAUGCCCAACAUUGGUUACGGGAGUAACAAGAAAACCAAGCACAUGCUGCCUAGCGGCUUCCGGAAGUUUCUGGUCCACAAUGUCAAGGAGCUGGAAGUGCUGCUGAUGUGCAACAAAUCUUACUGUGCUGAGAUUGCUCACAAUGUGUCCUCUAAGAACCGAAAAGCCAUCGUAGAAAGAGCAGCACAGCUGGCCAUCAGAGUCACCAAUCCCAACGCCAGGCUACGCAGCGAAGAGAAUGAAUAGAUGGCUUGUGUGCCUGUUUUGUGUUCAAAUAAAACCACAAAAACUGC